AUGCCUUGUUUUAAUUUAUAUAGAAGGUGUCGGGAGUCACAGCCAGGCAAUUUUGUUGUCACCGCCUGUCGCCGACGAGCGAAGCCAGAAUCACGUGACAUUCACGUUAUCUACCCAUAUACUCUAGAGGCCCGCCGAGCGACAAAUAAAGCCACCUGUAUCCCUCGUAACAGUGGGGAACUUAAGACCGUGGCAAACCCCCUUUCCAACUCGCCUCGGUAUUUCAAAAACAAUCAGCGCACAGCCCUCCGAGCAGACAACGAUACUCUGUUCCAGCAAGCAGACGCGGUUCGAUAUCAAGAACCCCGUGUAUCAGGAGGUGACAGACCAGAACACGUGCUAUCCCUCCAAUUAUUGAUAAUUCAACAGCUCGAUAUUGAUGGUCUUAAUAUUACCGUAACCUCUGGAACUGGAAAAUCUGCCGCAAAGCCAAAGGGGAAAGCGAGAGCGGAUGGCCUUGAGAUAUUAUCGAAUGCAAGUCUGAAAUUGAAGGCGGGCGUGCAUUAUGCGCUGAUUGGCCGGAAUGGAACUGGGAAAUCGACCAUCCUGAAAGCAAUAGCUCAGAAAUUGAUCCCCGGAAUUCCCAUCCAGACUAGAAUAGCUAUCCUCCAGCAGACAUCUGCAGAAGAUUCUACCUCAGACGGCGAAGCGAACCUUGCCGGCAAACAAGGCACAGCUUCCACAAGUCACCUAUCGGUUUUGGAAGAGGUUAUUGACAAGGCCACUUCACGGAAUGAAAUCCAACGUGAAAUCGAUGUUCUCUCCAAGUCUAUCGACAGCAAUGGAUCUCCAUAUGCUCCAGUACGCGCGUUACGUCAAGUCCAGCAUGACCGUUUAACCAAGGAGCUCUUUGAGCUAGAUAAAGAUGCUCGUCUCCGAAGUGGUACUCGAGGAAUGGCGGCUCGAAAAGCAUUAACGGCUUUCGAGAAUAAGGUUGCGGAAUCUGUGGAGAGACUUGCGGAGAAAGAUGAAGAAAUCGGCGAAGAUGCGAUUCGAGAAGAGACACAUACAGCGAGUGAUCUGCUAGCCGAGCUACAGUCACAGCUCGAACCCGCCAGAAUUGCGGAUAUAGAGAGCAAGGCACGAAAUAUCCUUUCGGGUCUCGGGUUUCCCAAAAGCCAUCUCGAGAAACCGGUAUCGACUUUGUCCGGAGGAUGGCGAAUGCGAACAAAUCUAGCAAGUGUGCUUCUACAGCCCACUGAUCUUCUUAUUUUGGACGAACCAACGAAUUUCCUGGAUCUCCUCGGUAUCAUUUGGCUCCAGCGAUUUCUCAUGCAACUUAGUGAUUCCGGGCCAAAUCCACCAACUGCCGUCCUCGUCUCCCACGACCGCGACUUUAUCAAUGCAGUCUGCCAGGAACUCAUCAUACUCCGGGAUCACGAAUUGACAUAUUUUCGCGGUGACCUCAAUACUUAUGACGCUUCAACUAGGGAUAAGAAACUAUACCUCAGUCGAAUGCGUGAUGCACAGACAAAACAAAAAGCGCAUAUUCAACAAACGAUCCAACAAAAUAUCAAGCAAGGUAAAUCUACUGGCGACGACAACAAACUCCGACAGGCCAAGUCACGGCAGAAGAAACUCGAUAACCGUUGGGGCAUGGAGAAGAGUGCUUCUGGUGGCCGUUUCAAGCUGAACCGCGACUUGCCGGGUUACCAUCUGACCUCGAGGGACGAGAUAGAGGUCCCUCCUGACGAGAAAGGCGUCUCAAUCACAUUACCUCCUGCCCCUGACUUGCGUUUUCCAGGGCCAUUAAUCUCGCUAGAGAAAGUGAUCUUUAAAUAUCCAGCUGCAAAGAAAUUAGCAACCCCAGCACCAACAAUACUAGAGGAUAUUGACCUCACAAUCCACACAGGUGACCGCAUCGCCAUCAUAGGCCUGAACGGCUGUGGUAAAUCAACCCUUAUCAAACUCAUCACCGACACAGCAAAACCCACAAAAGGAAUAGCCACGCGCCAUCCCCGCCUUAGGAUGGGGUAUUACUCCCAACACGCAGUCGAAGAUCUUCAACUCCUGGGGAACUCCACGCCCGAACUCACGGCACUCUCCCUCCUAACGACAGAUAUCUCAUCUGAAGGCGGAGACCUAGAUGAAGGCGAGGUGCGCGGCUUACUUGGAUCCCUCGGUCUCCCAGGUCGCACAGCCUCAGAUGUCCCACUACGCAAACUAAGCGGUGGACAGCUGGUCCGACUUGCGCUAGCAAGACUGCUGUGGAAAUGUCCGCAGUUACUCGUGCUAGACGAAAUCACGACACAUUUGGAUUUCCAUACUGUGACAGCGUUGGCGGAAGCCCUCAGUGGGUGGAAUGGGGCUGUGUUGAUUGUUAGUCACGACCGGUUUUUGGUGAAGAGGGUGGUGCAGGGGGAAAAGGAUAGAGAUGAAGAUGGGGAGGAGGAAAGUAGUGACGAGGACGAGGAGGAAGAUGUUGCCAGGCGGAGGGCGGUGUUUUUGUUGAAGGGCGGGAAGUUGAAAGUCCUUGAAAGAGGUGUGGGGGAGUUUGAGGAGCGCUUGGAAAAGAGGGUGGAGAAGUUACUUGCUUCUUAA